AUGAAGCUCGCUUUGCAAUGUGCCACCGGUGCCCGCAGUUACGGUAGAUGGUUCAGCCCGGAAAUCCGAGCCGCCGUCGUUCGCCAGAAGUCGUUCAGGGAUGGCACCCCAUCCAACCAGCCCCAGAAGAAGGCCCUCGAAAUGGCCAAGACUAAGACCAGCGUCGAGAAUACGAAAUUACAGCCAAUGCCCCAGCCGACCAUGCCGAACCCGCUGUGCCCAGCCCCGGUCUGC